UAUACUAAACCUAAACAGCACCUUUAUAUCACAUCACAUGUUGGGUAUAAAGGCAGGCUUGUAUGUAUGAAUGUUCAACUUUCCCCAUGUAUUAUUUUUAACUCAUUCAUCUCACCUCCUGCUCUACUUCGCACAGCCAUGUCAACUUUUAGACUCAAGUUCCCUUUUCACAUCAUAUCAAAUUGAAGGGAUUGUUCCACAUUUUAGAGAGCGGGUUCUGCUAUAGGGUUGAAACCACAUCUUGGCUUCGAAGGCACCAAUCGGGGCUCAAUAAUUGGCGAGAUGCAGUUGAUGUUUUUCUUGUGCAUCGUGUCCUGCUCGCUCUGACACCUGUUCAUGACUGCUUUGUCACUCUUGUUCUUGCCACAACACUCGUCUUCAGUCAUGCUCCAUUUCGUUGUUUUUGUCUGUGUUCCACUUUGCCAGUAUUUCAGUUCACUCAUGGCUUUACCAGCUGGCUGCUUUUCCUACAGCUGCAGCCGAAUGUCAUCCAGUAGUCACCGUCCCUUUCUUUUUGGAAGUCGUGUCUUUUCCCAUUCCUUGUCAGUUCCUCCUGUUAUGCUGCUCAACACUUUUCCAGUUGUUGUCGUCGUUGGUUUUGUUUUCUCUGUUGGGCUUAUUCUCCACUUGUUGGAUUUUCAUCCACCGCUUCUUCCUCCAUUUUAUACCCUCACCACAACCGGAUUUCUAUGGGACCUUUAUUUGACCGGGAAGCUAAACAUGCCACGCAUGUCUUUCCGAUCGUUUCUGAUUCUUAUCCUCUUUGUCAAGAAUCUCUUUUGUUUACUAAGUGGCACAGGUGAAUUCAACUCAAAAGGACUCUUAAUUUUUUUUGUAACAAGGUGGCAUGGCUAAAGUUUGGGUCGAUCCCAGGUUUCCUACUGUAGCCUAUAUACUGAUGAGGUCACGUGGGUUGGAAAUCCAAUUUAAGAUGGCUGUGUUAAGUGCAGCAGGAGAUAAAAGAAAGAGGGGGUUGAGUCAGCUUAGUUAAACUAAUGACAAUUCACUGAUGGGUAUGUUUGUGUCAAGCCACGAUGGCAAAUGUAAAAUUUUUUAACUAGAGUUCCCUUUAGGCACUGGGAAAAAAAAAAAAAAAAGAUUUCCUCCAAAAGCCUCCAAAUUCCAGAGAGAUUUUUUAAAUUAUUAUUUCUACCCUGUGUUUAACUCAGUUUUAGGUCAGAGAGAGAGAGACUAAAUGGAUUAUCAAGGAGCAGUUCAACAGAGUCCCUUUCAUCGCAUUGCUGGCCAUCAGACAGCCAAGUGCUCCCCCACAGGGAGACACAGGAUUAGUCACUCACCAUCGUUGGCUUCUUCUCAUUCGAGUUUUUGGAAUUAUACCACAAGAAUCAAGGAAUUUUUCCAGUGCGAGGAUCGAAGAAUGUGAAAGACCGGGCGUAUGGGGACACUGUCAAAAGCCACACAGAGGACGGCCGUGGCUUGCCUGUAUUCUCAAACUCAUGGAUAAUCUUCGACCUUUAAAGCUUCAUUUAUUUCAAAUAUGUGUCACUGACAAGUCAUUAGGGAAGAAAGGCAAGUACAGUUUGUUGUCACUGACUCUUUUUAGCCACUGUGACUGCCUCAGAUCAUGCAUAUGAUCAAACCUGUGCCAAUGAGUCGCAAGGUUCUGUUGAAUCCUGAUUCCACAGAAAUUCUAAAAAGGUGUUGGAGGAUUCUCGAUGGAGUGCCAAGUUCCCCAUGGCUUUUUUCUCACUUCUUUUAGUUCUUUGCAUGUGAGACUUUUAGAAGUCAACUUUUAGAGCGUGCUUUCACAGGAUGAGAAACUACGAUGCCGUGUGCUGUUGGAUGUAAACUCUGGGUUCUAUAAAGGUUUUUGUUGGUGCCCCACAUGAAUUUCAACAGGUAAGCUGGGCCUGGGGAUGCUUUAAAUGGUGUUAAUAACAGAGGAACAAGUUAAAGAUUCAAAGGUCAAAGAGAAUGGAUUUGCUGGAGGAGUUGUCCUUGGCAAGACUAAGAGUAAAGCCAACAUCCUGGCUGGGGAUGCACCCCGGAUGUCUAUCUGCAAGGUUGAUGAAGAUGGAGUUGAGUGUGCGGUUUCAGAAGAUGAUGCCAAUGAAGAGGCUGAAGUUGAUUACACACGAAACUACUGGGAGGAUGAGGAUGAUAUCUAUCAAGAGUUUGAGGAACUGGACUUCGACUCCCUACCGGAUCAUUCGGAUACCCACAGCAUCACCACGGAAGAUUCCUUCUAUCCCCUAGACGAUUCGGUUAUCACCCAAAUUAACCGCUCCCUCUACCAACUGGAAACCCCCGAACCGAUCUCCUUCUUUAAGGCCUGCUGCAACAACAAUGCCAUCAUCGUAAAGAUUAUGAUCAGACAAGGAGUGACUGAAGAAGAGGUAAAGGAGACCGACCGGAACAGAAGAUCUGGCCUCAUUGCUGCGUGCUACCAUGGUUACGUGGACGUGGUCAUGGCCCUCUCUCAGUGUCCCUACCUGGAUGUGAACUGGCAGGACAACGAGGGCAACACCGCCCUUAUUAUUGCGGCUCAAGCAGGUCACGCGUUUAUCUCCAACUACCUGCUGAACUACUUCCCCGGUCUGGAUAUCGAGAGGAGGAACUGUCACGGUUUCACGGCGUUGAUGAAAGCUGCCAUGCAGGGCAGGCUGGAGUGUGUCAGAGCCCUUAUGCUGGCAGGAAGUGAUAUCCAGGCUCGGGACUAUGGACGGAAAAUGACCCCCAGAGAGUGGGCUCUCUUCACCGGUCGAUACGAGACGGCAGAUUUGAUGCUUCGGCUCAUAUCAAAGCCUUGCGCCGAGCAGUUUUGCGACUCCUUCUCCCUAGAGUGGCCAUUGUUGGAGGAACUCGUGUGGAAGGCACAAAAUCCACAGACAUUCAGUCAGCGCUUGAUGAAACUCAUCUCUUGCUGCCCUUAUAGGUUCUACUUCAACAACAAGGUAAACCCUGUGAACGAUGGUGUCCUUGAACACCUGGUGAGGAUAACCACGGGCAUCUCCAGCCCCUUAAUGGCCACGGCGUGCCACACCGUCUGCCCGGGCAGCCCGCCGUGCGUCGGAAAGCGCCGGCACGCCGUGCAGGAGAUCCUGAGGCGGCAACGGGUGGCGGAGCUCAAGCGCCUGGGUCCCGACAGGCUGAACAACUACAAGACCCUUUUCCAGAACUCAAGGGUCCUCCUCAUCCCCAAAGCGAGGGACCGACGGGCGAGCCUGCAGCCCCAGCUGCUCAGCGACGUGGCAGCAGCGUCCACGGUGGCCAUCAGACGAGCCAGCCUCCUGCCGCUCAACAUGCUGAGGAGAAGCAGCGUGCGGCCAGGCGUCGUGGUGCCAAAGGUCACGCUCUGCAAAGCCCCGCCUCCGAGCUUCGUACCACAAAAGCCCAGCAGGAACGGCGACGACAACCAGCUCCAGAUCCCCAAAUGGGAUUACAAGAUGAAGAAAAUAGAGAGGAGGCAGGAAGAGGAGAGGCAACGAAUGCUGUCUGCGCUGAGAAGGAGGUGAAGGGUCGAAGGAGGACGCGGAAAGUGUCUUGCGGGCAAAGCGGGCACGAAGCGCAGCGUCCCGGCCUUAGCAAAUCUGAACCUUCAAUGUGAAUUUAACUGCAAGUUGUUGUUUCUGCUUGUUUCGAUCACCGAUGCUGCUUUGCCUUGUUUCUACUUGAAUUUGCACGCUUCCCUCGAUGGGCAUAAUUUGUAACGGGAAAUGGCAGAUGAGAGAGCAGAAGAAAUAUAUAUACAAAUAAACAAGUGACUUAGGGGAGUCAGGUGUUUGUGCAGA